AUGAAAGAAAUGACUGAAAAAGUCCCACCGGAGCAUGCCAUUGGGAGCCAGGAUACCGAUCUGGAUUUGUCGGCAAUCAGGAGAUUCAGAGAUAGUAUUUUUUGCUCUGAAGAGGAUAACAGUCUGUAUUUUACAUACAGUGGCAAAUCAAAUGUCCUAGAAGUCAGAGAGCUCAACUACCAGGUUAACAUGGCAUCUCAGAUUCCCUGGUAUGAGAACCUAGCAGAGCUGAAAAUGCCUUGGAUGUGGAACAAAGGCCCAGAUUCCCAUGUGCCAGCAAUUCAGAAUCUGAACUUUAAAGUUCAAAGCGGCCAGAUGCUAGCUAUUAUAGGAAGCUCUGCCUGUGGAAAAACAUCCUUACUUGAUGUGAUAACCUGUCGAGAUCAUGGUGGAAAAAUUAAAUCUGGCCAAAUCAUAAUCAAUGGAAAACCCAGUACUCACCAGCUUGUUAAGAAAUGCAUUGCACAUGUGCGGCAGGAUGAUCGACUACUACCCAACCUAACAGUCAAAGAAACAUUAUUAUUUGUUGCAAAACUGCGUCUCCCGAAGACUUUUUCAGACUCACAAAGGGAAAAAAGGGUGGAAAAUGUUAUUGCAGAACUGCGGUUACGACAGUGUGCAAACACAAGAGUAGGGAAUGAAUACAUCCGAGGUGUGUCGGGGGGAGAAAGGCGAAGAGUAAGCAUUGGAGUGCAGCUGCUAUGGAACCCUGGAAUACUGAUACUUGAUGAACCCACAUCUGGACUAGACAGUUUUACCGCACACAACCUUGUGAUAACACUAUCCAGGCUUGCCAGAGGAAACAGAUUAGUUCUUCUUUCAGUUCACCAGCCCCGAUCAGAUAUCUUCCAACUCUUUGAUUUAGUUCUUCUGAUGACCUCUGGAACUACCAUCUAUUCUGGAACAGCCCGGGACAUGGUCCAAUAUUUCACAGAAAUAGGCUAUCCCUGCCCAAAAUACAGCAAUCCUGCAGAUUUCUAUGUUGAUUUAACCAGCAUUGAUAAACGGAGCAAAGAGAAGGAGAUGGAAAGUCAGAAAAGGGCAAGUUCACUUGCCACCUUGUUCUGGGAGAAGGUCAAAGAUUUUGAUGACUUCUUAUGGAAAGCUAAUGAAGGAGCCUGUGUGACGACUGUUCACAGUGAACAAAGUUCCCUUUUCACUCCAGAAGAGGUGAUUAACAUGCAUGCCCAUUCAACCGAUCAGUUACCAGGUGGCUUAAAGCAGUUUACUGCAUUACUAAGUCGUCAAAUCUCCAGUAACUUCAGAGAUCUUUCAACGUUAUUAAUCCAUGGAUCUGAGGCCCUUCUAAUGUCAUUAUUAAUUGGAUUCUUAUACUAUGGUCAUGAGAAAAGCAAGUUAUCUAUUCAGGACACAAUAGCACUGUUAUUUAUGAUAGGUGCACUAAUCCCCUUCACAGUGCUUCUGGAUGUUAUUUCAAAAUGUCAUUCAGAAAGAGCUAUGCUUUAUCAUGAUUUAGAAGAUGGGAUGUAUUCUGUUACUCCCUACUUCUUUGCUAAGAUUUUGGGGGAGCUCCCAGAACACUGUGCUUUUGUAAUAAUUUAUGGCGUUCCGAUCUACUGGCUGGCAAAUCUCAGUCCUGAAUCAGAACAUUUCCUUCUUAACUUCCUGGCAGUCUGGCUUGUGGUUUUCUGUGCCCGAGCAAUGGCACUAUGGUUCGCAGCACUGUUCCCAACACUGCAGAUGUCAGCCUUCUUUGGCAAUACCCUUUUCACAACAUUCUUCAUGAGUGGCGGUUUCGUGGUAAGCUUAGAAAACCUGUGGCUAGUUCCACUUUGGAUUUCUAAACUCUCUUUUGUCAGAUGGAGUUAUGAAAGCUUGAUGCAAAUUCAGUUCACUGAACUCACAUACCAAAUGACUGUUGGAAAUGUUACCUAUCAAAUUCCAGGGAAACUUGUAAUUCAAGCUAUGAAUCUGGACUCGUACCCUCUCUAUGCAAGCUACCUCAUCCUCAUUGGUAUUGGUACUGGUUUCAUGCUUUUAUACUAUUUAUCUCUGAGGUUCAUCAAGCAGAAAUCAAAUCAAGAUUGGUAA